UCUCUUGGAGACAGAGAACAAGGUGUAGAGAGGAGAGAGUGCACAGGGAGCAGGGCUUUCUUCUGUUGGUCUCUCUGGACUGAAGAGAGGGAGGGUGCAAGUCCAAGGCUGCUAUGAUUCUCAAAAUGGUUUAUUACCCAGAACUUUCUGCCUGGGUCAGCCAAGAACCAUUUCCCAAGAAGGAAAUGGAGGGAAAAUUUCCUAAGGGGAGACUUCCCAUCCCAAAGGAAGUGAACUACAAGAAGAAGGAUGAGAGGGAGCCUGCCUAUCUGACGCCACUUGGCAGCAAUGAACCCCACCCCCCAAGCAUCAGUUACCUCCACUCUUUUCAAUCGUAACACCUCCAUUUGUAUUACAUAUGGUGUAUGAGUAUUGAUGAGGUUAUGGUAUCAUAUAUGGUAUUUUUUUCUGUGUAGAUGAUCAAGUAGAAAAAGAAACUAUGGGACUCUGAGCCUUGCUUUAGAGAAUUUACAGAGGACAAAUAGGUGUCAUCAAACCAGUUUUUAAUCUUUCUAACUCAAGUGAAAACACUCAGAAUUUCACACUGUGAAUCCAUGUUUACAACCCUUACAGAUGGGCCUUCAGGCCUGGUUCGCUAUGAUGACGUCUUCCACAACUCAAACUCCCACUGCUCUCACACAACCGGUCCACUCCUGCCUGGUCACUCAUACAGCUCCCGACUGCUUCUUGCAGAGGCUGAGAAUUCCCUUAUUUUUUUUUUUUUCAUUUAG